GCCCACCGGGCAACACUCACACACUGAAACACAGGACAGAAGAUUCUCGAACAUUCGGAUACAGAAGAAAAAACAAUCGUCAGUGUCGAGAAGAAAAACGUGUCUCUGCACUACUGCAUCGGUGAACAGUGUUUUCCGAACAAAGCUACUGUGAAAGACGAACUGUGCGUGACGGAGUGCAAUUUGGAUUGACGAUAUUCAUCUAACGAACGCGUGUUUGGCGAAAAAGUGCAUAUAUUUUCUAUCACGUUUGAUCUCUCUAACCGGGUGUUUCUAACCCCCAUCACAACCAACGCUUGAGUAUCGUGGUUGGACACCGAAAGACUGUUUAAGCGAAAAUGGCCACUCCAGAAAGCAAGCAGCUGGCAUUACAGGAAAAGGAUCUCGGCAAUGCGGCGUACAAAAAGAAGGAUUUCGAGACAGCCCUUCAGCACUACCGCACGGCGUUGACGCAUGACCCGACGGACAUUACAUUCCACAACAACAUUGCGGCAGUAUACUUCGAGCAGAAGGAGUUCAAAAAGUGUAUCGAGGAAUGCGAGAAGGCGGUUGAGGUAGGUCGUGAAAACCGGGCCGACUACAAGCUUAUAGCGAAGGCGUUCACCCGCACCGGCAAUGCGUACCGCAAGCUGGAGGAUUACAAAUCCGCCAAGACCUACUUCGAGAAGUCGCUCUCGGAACACCGGACCCCGGAGGUGAAGUCGUUGCUUAGUGACACCGAGAAGAAAAUCAAGGAGAUGGAAAGACUGGCCUACAUCGAUCCGUCAAAGGCGGAGGAGGAGAAGGAAAAGGGCAACGAGUAUUUCAAGCAGGGCGACUACAGCACAGCCGUCAAGCACUACUCCGAAGCGAUCAAGCGCAAUCCGGACGACGCAAAACUGUACAGCAACCGUGCGGCCUGCUAUACGAAGCUGGCCGCCUUCGAUCUGGGUCUGAAGGAUUGCGAAACGUGCUGCCGAUUAGACGAAACUUUCAUCAAAGGGUGGAUCCGCAAGGGCAAAAUUCUGCAGGUGAUGCAGAAAUCGUCCGAAGCGCUCACUGCCUACCAGAAAGCCCUAGAGAUCGAUCCGAACAAUGCGGAAGCGCUGGAAGGCUACCGGGCAUGCACAAUGGCAGUGCACGCCGACCCGAAAGAGGUGUGGAAGAAGGCCAUGAACGAUCCGGAAGUGCAACAAAUUCUCAAAGAUCCGGCGAUGCGUGUCAUUCUCGAGCAGAUGCAAAACGAUCCAAAGGCAGUGCAAGAGCAUCUCAAGAAUCCUCAAGUAGCAUCCAAAAUUCAGAAACUGCUAGAGUCCGGAAUCAUACAAAUCUACUGAACAGACUUCUCGAAUGUUGUGCAUCCGAUGGGAGAAGGGGGGAGGACAACGCGCAACACAUGAAACAUCUCGUUUCGUCACUCUGCUACCAUCAGCCGAAAAUAUCCUUAGAGUAAAAAAAUGUUCACCAGUGUGAAGGAGACAGUGACUACGGGCGAACGGCGGACAUAACGAAAGAGAGAGAGAGAAAACCAAACUGCAGACGACUGAGAGAAAGGUCGAGAUUUCCCCGUUGGCGAAUUUGAAUGGUUACACUCCACCGCUUCCCGCCUUUUUUCUCGCCUUGCCGCCAAGCCAGUUGAAUUUUGUCUACUUUGCGCGCUAUUGGUUUUUGAUUUCCAAUCCUGAGGUUUAACAAUAUUGAACUCUACACACAUCCUAGCCAUGAAGUUUUUAAAUGCAUAGCGCAAAAGAAUGUGUUGUUUGUUUACUAUCUUUCUUUUUUUUUUGGUUUCAAGUUGUCCCUACUGGCAAAGCACAGCAGCGCGCAGCAUCGUAAGCAUCCAAACUCGAUCGUACUAUUAACAAACCGCAUUCAGAAUUGCCUAAGAACAACGGUUAAUAAUCCGAAUAAGCGUAGGAUAUGUAAGCAUAUUACUAGUAGUUCCGUAGAAAUUAAAAGAAAUAUAGCGAGGCGCGUGUCUUUGUGUGUGUGUGUGUGCGGUAAGCAGGAUUUGCAAAAGAAAAAGGUGAUUAAUCAUCAGGCUAGAGACAGAAAAUAAAAUAUUUCUACAACUAAAUCAUCUAAACUAA